AUGUCUCUGUCUGCAUGGCUCCUUCCCUUUGCUGUGCCUGCAGCAGCAUGUGGAGGGAGCUGCCAGGCCAUUGCCGUAGGAGACGACCUCCCAAAGGUCAAAUGGGCCCUGCGAGUGUGGACCUUCUGGCCCAGCGUCGCCGAGCUGGAGAUCAGACCGCAGGACUUGAUGCCAGCCGCCGAGCGGGCGUUGUCUGCGACGGAUGGGUCCCUACCAUGUCGCCUUGCCCGCCUGGCCUUGCAACUCUUCGUUCUCUGUGGCAUGGGCCGCGAAGAGCAGCAGCAAGCUGUGGAGGUAAACGGAGGGGCCGUGCUGGCAGAGAUCACCGCGCUCCUUUCGGAGUGCGGGAUUGCCAAGCUCAUCGGCUCCGGAUGGCCUUUGUUCUCCCUCCUGGCACUCCUCCGGGCAGGAGGCGUGCCCGUCAGCGCCAGGCCAUCUGGCAUCACCUGGCAAGCCUCCGACUGGGUUCGGCAUGUGCGAGCGGCUUGGAGAAUGUCUCCUCAGGUGGGGCCACCGCCACCCGAUGACGACGUCGUCUACGCGCGGCCGCGCUGGCGGGGAGGGCCUCUACCAGGGAAGCGCCGGCCUCGCCGCAGCCCGGUCCCAGGAUCCGGCCGGUGGCUCCAGACGGCGGCGGCCAGCGCUGGCAGGGCCGCAACCGGCGAGGAGCCGCGCGUUCGGCGUCGGUACUUGAGAGCUGCGGAGGCGGCGCUGCGCCUCCAUGCGAUUUCUCCAAGGGGAGCCCGAGAAGCCCUUGGAGCCGAAGGCAGUCUUCUGACCACAUCUUGGCCGAUCUGCGAGUCGCUGUCGUUGUUGGAGAUGGGGGUCAUAGCACUGCCGAAGGGAAGCCCACCAGGCCAAGGCCCCGCACCCGGGGUGCGUUCGGAGUUUCUUGCGAAGCUGUGGAGCCGGCUUGGGGUCGCACGUUGGGACCCUGAGCCGAGUGUGCUUGCCACGCUGCCGGGCUCCGUCUUGCCAUCAGAAGCCUUGCUCUUUCACACCCUGGCCGACAUGGAAGGAGUGCAGGUCAUCGUGGAAUCUGGGGUGGGCCAGGGAGGCUCCACACGCGCAGCUUGCUCUUGGGCUCACGCAAUGCCGGGCAGGCGGGUCUUGGCCCUGGAGCGCUCCGUGUCGCCGGCUGUUGCUGCGCAGCUGCGAGGCUGGUGUGGGGAGGUUCUGACACUGAAGGAAGGUGAUGCUUUCCAGAUGCUGGAUUCGGCUUUAGCCGCUGGGGGCAAUUCCACAGCCCUGCUCCUGGACGGCCCCAAAGGCAGGGUGGCGGUGCGCCUUGCCGAGGACGCGAUGAGACGUUUUCCCGGACUGCGCGUGGCCGCCGUGCAUGAUGUUCCCCGCCUGGACUCGCGCUACAGAGACCAGGAAGGAAGGCACCUGACGCGGGUGGCAAUGGAAGCUUCACCGUGCCUGCACAUAUUCAGCGAUGAGCCUUGGUAUGUGGCGAACUUUGCGCGAAGGGUAGAUGUUGGAACGAGCUGGAGUGAUACCUCGCAUGCGACAGGCAGAGCUGUGGCUGUUGGUUCAGCACGAGCCUAG